GAAGCGCGGUUCCCUGUAUCUUCAGUUGACCGGCUGCCUCUGACCACCUUGCUGCCUCUCUCGCCGCCUCCAGCAAGAAGCUCCAACAUUCCAUCUUCUGACGAACGGAGCCUUGCAUAACCAUGAAGGGAGAGAGAGCAGCACCUGGGCGUGGCAGUGUCCCCCUCACACCUGCGUUCCUGUUUCUCCUGGCCCUCUGCAUCCCCGCCCUUCCUCCUGCUACCGCGGUCGUCCCCAAGUGCAUGAUGCCUCCGGACUCUCACAUGGGAAGGAUUGCCACGAACGGCGACCAGUGGUACAAGCCCCAGGGAGAUGACCUCUUCGGGGCCGCCGGUGGGGAACUGCUGAGGGAGAUGAAGGCGUCUAAUAUAAGGAAGAACCUAAAAUACCUGACGACGCAGGGCCACAUGGCGGGCACCAAGCACGACCUGGACCAGGCCGAGCACCUGCGCAAGGCGUGGCUGCAGCAGGGCUUGGACCAGGUGUUCCUGCAGCCAUACAACGUGCAGCUCUCCAAACCCCAGGCUGACAAGCCCAACAAGGUGUACUUGCUGGAUGAGGAGGGCAACGUGAAGUUCACCUCGAGCAUCCUGGAGGAGGCACUCAAGGGCGAGGACUACGAUGACACAAUCCCGCCAGCCUUCCUCGCUUUCUCGCCCUCUGCCACUGUCAUCUCCGAAGAAAUAGUGUUCGUUAAUUAUGGGUUCUACGAGGACUUUGAGAAGCUGCAGAGGGCCGGAGUGGAUGUCUCUGGGCGCAUUGUUAUCGCUAAGUUCGGCAAGAUUUUUAGAGGAGAUAAGGUUCUCAACGCGGAGAGGUUCAACGCUUCGGGUGUCAUCUUGUACACGGACCCUUCUGACUACCACCCUGACUGGCACAAGGGCGGCGAGGCGUACCCCAGCACCUUUUGGCUUCCAGAGUCAGGCAUCCAGCGAGGGUCUGUCCUGUGGCGCGACGGGGAUCCCACCACCCCUUACUACCCAUCCAUUGACGGCUCGCACCACAUAGACGAAGCCCACGAAAAUCUGCCCCGCAUCCCAGCACACACCAUCAGCUACACAGACGCCAGGAAGCUGCUCGUCAACCUUGGAGGGGCAGAGGUACCCGAGGAGUGGCGUGGUGGUCUGGACAUCACCUACAGGAUGGGCCCUCAGAUGCUACGUCCCGGCUGGAAGGUCAAACUGGAGGUCAACAACGAGAAGAAAGUCGCCCCGAUUUUCAACGUGGUCGGAGUGGUGAGGGGUAGCGAGGAGCCUGACCGCUAUGUGAUUGUCGGGAACCACAGAGACUCUUGGACGUACGGCUCUUGUGAUCCUUCUUCAGGCACGGCGGUCAUGAUGGAGAUUGUGCGGGCCUAUGGGAAGCUAUUGACGAAGGGAUGGCGCCCCCGGAGGUCUAUCGUGUUCGGGUCUUGGGGCGCAGGAGAGUUCGGGUUUUUCGGCGCGACUGAGAUGGUAGAAGAGUACCUGAAGACAUUCGAGAACCGUGCCGUGGCCUACCUCAACGUGGACAUCGCCGUGAUCCAGACCUACAACCUGGUGGUGUCCGCCACGCCCAUGCUGCACAGAAUCAUCAAGGAGGCCGCAAAGAGGUCCCCUGCACCGGAUCCUUCACUGGGGUACCAGAACCUCUGGGAUCACUGGACACAGAGAGAGCGCCCCGCUGCCCCUGAUGUCAUUGACUACAACUUGGGCUCCACCAGUGAACACGCGCCCUUCUACCAGCGCAUUGGAAUCCCUACCUCCUACAUGUUGUGGGAAAUCAACCUGGAGGAGUACGACUGGUCAGACUACCCACUAUACCACAGCACCUUUGAUGACUUCGAGUCUAUGGCCACCCUGGACCCUCACUUCUGGUACCACCUGUCCCUCGGUCACCUGUGGGGCCUCACUGCCUUGGGACUCGCUGACGCACAGGUGCUGCCAAUGGACCCCAACGACGAGGCGCUCAUGCUGCGGAGGAUGGCAGAGGGAUUACGUCAGGACUUCAACACAGAGCUUACCAAAGGACGCCUCACUCUGGCUUACCUGGAGUCUCUAAUUGAUCGGUUCGAGCAAGCAGCUGAUAAAUUCAACACUUUUACGACCAACAUCACCAACGUCACUCCCCUUUUGGCACGUCAACUUAACGACCAGCUCAUGGCAAUAGAGAAGAGUUACAUAUUCACCGAGGGCAGUUUUCAGCGGCCUUACAUGAAGAAUAUGAUGUUUGGCACGAGCUUGCACAACCAAUAUGAGGGAUGGCUCGCCCCGGGGGUCCGUGAUGCCCUGUGGGAGGCGCGGCACUGCAAGAAGAACUGCGAGGAGGAGUGGGAGGGAGUGAAACAACAACUCUCCAUCCUGCAAUACGUGGUCAACUCCGCUGUCAUCAACCUAAAGGAUUUCAUGUAUCUAUAACAGUGUUGAAUUAUAGGAAUAUUUUAGUAACACUUAUCACACAGGGUGGCACAUUAAGCAUUCUUUGUAGUUCUGGACCAGCAACACCGUAUAUUAAAAACACGAAAUAUUUGUAAGGAAAGGAGUGACAGGGUUAGGAAGAGGAAUGGUGUUGCUGUGGAGGUGGAAGAGCAGGGCAGGGGAGGGAGGAAAGGACACGAGAAGUGGAUGGGAUGUGUGAAGGAAGAGAGAAAAACAACUUUGUGAGUGCACGACUGACCUAGUUGGAGGGAGCGAUGCCAGAAAUAUACACAGAAUCUGCUGGAAGUGAGGUACGCAGAGAAACACUGUGAAUAUUCUAGAGGUGUAUUUUUUUUUCAUUAGUAUCUAUAUUUUCUCUCAAACAGAAAACACAACAGAAAUACGGCCAUGUUUUCUUCAGGGGACGCCCAAAUCGAACCUGUCGUGUUUGUUUACCUCCGUUAUCUGUCUUCUGUGCUGUCAGAUUUUGUUUUGCUGUACGUCUCUAUGUCUCUCGUUUACACUAAUUUAUUACACUUCUUUUUUAACCCUGUCUUUUUUUUACGUCCCUGCUGUAUCACCCCUGUCUAAUUACCUGUGUCAUUAUUUGUGUUAUUACCCUCUUAUCAUUACCCUACCUCACUCUCCCUGUCACAUUAACCCUUGCUAAUUACUCCUAUCUUCUUACCCCUGUCUUAUCUGUUUUACUGCCCACGUCCUUGAUCAAACUGCCUUAUCAUCUCCAGCGGCAGGUUAUGUAUUCUCCCAUUAGGCAUUCAGCAGUGUACAGCGAUUCCCAGGCGAGUUGGAGAGCGUUGUAGUGUUAUUUAUUGACUGUGGAUAUGUCUGGGAAUGAACUUGAGCUUGGCCUCCUGAGAUAUGCCCGAUUGUGAAGUGGAAGGAAUGGAAGAAGGAAGAGGAGGGAAAGGAUGUGUGAAUAGCUGGUAGUGGAGGAAGUAGAAUAAGAGUUAAGGAAAAGUGUAUGAAAUGGGGAGAAAUUGGAGAGAUGGAAGAAAUAAGAGGAGGAGGAAAGAAUGAGUGAAUGAAAGGAAGUAGAAGCCAGUACAGGGACUAAAAAGGGAAGGGAGGAGAUAGAAGUGAAGAGAACGAGAAGAUAUGGGAGGAAAGGGAGAGAAAAUGGAGAAGGAAGGGAGAGAAAGGAUGGA